AUGGUUUAUCAUCUCGGCAAAAAAAUUAGUUUUUUUCCCCCCCUGAAUUUAAUGGAAGGAAAAACCCGUGUCCGAUACUCCGAACUUCCAAAGCGUUGAGACAGAGACUCCAAAAGGCUAUUUGCUCUUCCACUCUCUUAUGGUUCUCAAACGGUCUGCUUCCUCCUCACGACCCACUGCUUGUUCUCCUCCUUCUCCUCCGUUUAGUUUAAGUAAUUGAUUUUCUGUCUGAACUUUCUCCGCUCGUCUCAUCCAAGUUCAUGCAAAUCUGAAUUUCUUUUCAAUCUGAGAAAAAAACUAGGGCUUGCUUCUGCAACUGUUUACAUUUACUGGGGAUUUUCUCUUUUUGGAUCUGGGGCUGACUAUAUAUCCAAAUAUAAGGCCCAUGGGUAUGGCUUGAGUACCGGGAACGUAAACGUAGGAGCGGGAUUGAGAACAUUGGGCUCAGAUCGAUUUGGGUUUUGAUUUUGGUUAUUGAAGGAUUAAAUUUUCUUUGGAUAGUUGCUCAGAGUUAAGGAUUAUAGGUAAAGAGGAUAGCUGUUGAGGAUUUGAGAAUUGGGUGUUAAAUACUGCGAAGAAGCAAAUUGUUGUGACUUGCGACAUUUGUGGGCGGUUUCGGGUGGCUGAGAAGAGGUUCUUGUAGUCAUGUUCUAUGGUUCAGUAGUAUGGGACCCUUGGCUCAUUGUUGCCCAAAUUGUUUGUCUUCAAUGCUUAUACUAUCUCACUCUUGGAGUAUUCUUGACAAUGCUUGUUGGGAAUCGUGUGCCACGUAUGAGCCUCGAAUAUUUCUUUGAUUUUGCUACUGUCACUACCUCUACAGUAACUGGGUGGUGUGUCAUUGCUUCGUUUCUGUUCAGCUCGCUUGCAGGAGCAGCAUAUAUGCUUUCUCUGAUUGAGAGGUCAAAAAAGUGCUUAGACUUUUCAGCCACUGUUUACAUCACGCAUCUCUUCAUAUGCAUUGUCUAUGGAGGUUGGCCUUCCUCAAUAACCUGGUGGGUUCUGAAUGGUACUGGAAUUGCAGUGAUGGCUUUGCUAGGUGAACAUCUGUGCAGAAAACGGGAACUGCAAGAGAUUCCCAUUACACGAUACCGUUCAAAUGUUUGACUAGUUAGACAAACUGGAUAGACGAGGACAAAUUUUCUGUAAUGGCUGUUUCUUCAAAAUAAUUAGGAGGAUCCCCUGGAUCAAACUUAUGAAGUAGUGGAUCUUAUAUGUGAUGAGGAAAACGAGUUCCUUCGUCUUUGGAUUCUUUCCUACGCUGCUAGAUGUGAUGGGAGAUGACCAAAGAAAAUAAGAUGGUGUUUAGAAGAUGGGGGAAGAACGAGGGAAAAGAGACUCGGCACAUUGCGUCAAGGAAAUGGUUAAUACUUGUAGGUAGUUUCGGAUGUGUAAUGCAUUUCCAUUUCGGAAAAAAUGUUUGGAAAUGCGAUUCUUAUCGUGCUUCUGAUAACAUUUCGGGUUUAAUGUAAUGUUCUUUUAUUUGGUUCUUAUUUUUUAAGUUGAUCAAUUGGAUGAGUUGCCAGUUCCAUUGUGCAAUUGGCCAAACUUUAUAAUCACGUGUAGAGUUUUGUAUAUUGAUUCCAAUAUAUGAUGCUUGUGUCUCACCUA